AUGGCUCCGCCGGCGAAUGGUGGCGGCGGUGCGGUUGCUGAAGCAGCAGGGCAAGGAGGACCAGGAGGAAGACGGGAGCAGCAGCAAGGUGUUGGGCAGAUGCUUACCGGAAUAAUUAGGGUUGCUGUGUUUUGGUACUUUGCAUCCAAGUUUUUCUCUCCCAAGAAGCCUCUCGACCCUAGUCAGCCCACCACUCAGAUCUCCAACCUCUUCCACAGAGGCGAACGUUUGGAUAUGUGGCUUUAUCUUUCUGAGCAAGAAACGUUCAAUGACUUCAGUAGUGAAAGUUCUCUAGUUUGGCAUGAGACAGAAAUUCCUUAUGCAGUUUGGGGGCAGGAGAGUAUCAGGCAGGUUUCAUUGAAGCAUUAUCCAUCUGAGGCUUUGAAGCACAAUGGGACUCUUUAUGCUCAUAUUUAUUUCGCUCGUUCUGGUUUUUUGCCGGAUCCAAAUGAUCCCGGGUAUCAACCAGUUUCAGCCUUUGGGCAUAGAUAUCCUGUUGUUGCAUAUUUGCCCAAGCCAAAAGCAAACAAAAAGAAGAGUCUAUUGGGGAGUUCCAAAGACUUGCAUAAGGCUGAAACAGAUUCCAAGGUGGGUGAAGCUGAUCAAGGUGAUAUUACAGAUGAUGAGCCAACUGAGUGGAUCUCAUAUUGGAAACCAAAUAUUACAAUCAAUUUGGUGGAUGAUUUUACGAGCUACAAGCAGAAUGCAAUUCCCCCAAAUAUUGCUCCUUACUUGAAUAUCGAACCUACUACAGGAAACUACUAUCCAACUGUGUUCUUCAAUGAAUUUUGGUUGCUCAGAGACAAACUGAUAGCAAUUAACGAGACAGUAACAGAGUUGCCUUUGCACCUGGAGGUUGGACCCAUAAGUAUGACCAAAUGGCAGUUAUUUUUACAGAUUGAUCAGUCAUUUCAAAUUCACCGUAGUUAUGGAAGCAUGCUUGAAGGUGAGGCUGAUGAGCUUAAGAGAGUAUUUUUGGAGGGAAAUCCUUAUCUUCUGGUGGUUACCAUGGUGGUCUCGCUACUGCAUUCUGUGUUUGAUUUCCUGGCAUUUAAGAAUGAUAUUCAGUUCUGGAAUAAGAACAAAUCCAUGGAAGGGUUAUCUGCAAAAUCAGUUGUUGUUAGCUUCAUCUCUCAACUGAUUGUGUUCCUGUAUCUACUUGACAAUGACACAUCUUGGAUGAUACUUGCUAGUUCUGGCAUCGGUUGCUGCAUUGAGUUUUGGAAAAUAGGGAAAGCAAUGCACAUCGAGAUUGACAGAUCCGGCAAGAUACCUAUGCUGAGGUUCCGAGAUCGUGAGUCCUAUGCUAGUAACAAGACUAAGGAGUAUGAUGAUCUUGCGAUGAAGUACUUGUCCUAUGUGCUAUUCUUUCUUGUCGCCUGCUUUUCUAUAUACUCUUUGAUGUACGAAAGUCACAAGAGCUGGUAUUCUUGGAUUCUCAACUCGCUUACAAGUUGUGUCUAUAUGUUUGGUUUUGUUAUGAUGUGCCCUCAGUUGUUCAUCAACUACAAGUUGAGAUCUGUUGCCCACCUACCUUGGAGGCAAAUGACUUACAAGUUCCUAAACACAAUCAUUGAUGACCUCUUUGCUUUCGUUAUAAAAAUGCCAUGGCUACAUCGCCUCUCUGUUUUCCGUGACGAUGUCAUAUUCUUGAUAUAUCUAUACCAGAGAUGGGUAUAUCCUGUAGAUAAGAAAAGGGUAAACGAGUUUGGAUUUGCUGGGGAGGACGAUCAGAGCUCUGGCAGCCAGGAUGUAACAUCAACCACGGAAGAGGAGAAGAAAACAAACUAA